GGCGUUGUUUCUCUUUCGCCGCGGAGGCGGGGCCCGCCGGUAGGCCGGGGCCGUUGGACCGUGAUGUGGUGCUGACUUGACAUUUGUGUAGGAGGCGGCUGGAUACCAGGAAGUCAUGGCGGGCCUGGAAUUGCUCUACGCCUCGGCAGCGCCGGGGAUCACCUGCAGCCAGGACGCGCUUGUGUGCUUUGUGCACUGGGAGCUCGUCACCCAGGGCUACCGAGGCCUGGGCACCGGCGACCAGCCAGGUCCAGACGAUAAGAAAUCUGAGCUGUUGCCACAUGGAUGGAAUGCCAAUAAAGAUCUUUAUGUCCUUCGCUAUGAGUCCACAGAUAACUCAAAGGAACUCCUUCUGAAGGCCAUCAUGGUGGAUGAUAGCAUGAUUAUCAAUGCUUUGGAGUAUAAGUCACAACAGGUGGUGGACUUGACCCUGAAUGUGGAGGAUUAUGUGGAUGGUGAACACCUGGGUGACUUCCACAGGGUCUACAAGAACAGCAAAGAGCUCCAGACACGGAUUGCAUCAGGCCUCAUUUUGCCCAUCAAGAACUCUUUGAGCAAAAGUGAUCUGGCCAGUUCCUCUCGGGAGUUUCCACCUGCCACCUCCAGAGAAUACGACCCUCUCCGUAUUCCCCCUCACCACCCACACACCAGCAGGCAACCUCCUUGGCGUGAUCCCCUGGGUCCAUUUGCUGUUGGGGGAGAGGACCUGGACCCCUUAGGGGGUCAGAGAGGUGGUAUGAUUUUGGACCCCCUGAGAUCUGGUUUCCCAAGAGCUCUCAUUGACCCAUCUUCCGGACUCCCCAACCGGCUUCCUCCAGGCGCUGUUCCUCCAGGAGCUCGAUUUGAUCCUUUUGGCCCCAUUGGAACUAGUCCAUCCGGACCCAGUCCAGAUCAUCUCCCACCCCCAGGCUAUGAUGACAUGUUCAUGUGAAGGCCAUAAAAAUGUAACAUCCCAGCCUGAGCAUCCUUAUAGAGCUGAACCAAGAUCAUCAGUUUUCAUCCAGUUCUGGAGCUUAGGAAUCCUCUAAUGGGUUGGAAGAUCAGCUGGAAUUAUCUGCCCAUCCCCACAAUUACCAAAGCACCAUCCAUUCUCCACCUCUGCCUUGAAAAAACUCACUGCUUGUAAAUCAAGAAGAGAAGUCAACGUGUUUAUCUCUUUCAUCACCAACUUCUGGUUCCCAUAGGAAAUUUUUGGCAGUGUGUGACCUCAUUCCUGCUUCAAUCCUGGUUGCAGUGUUCUAAGGACAGAAAGCAUUUGAUGUAUUAUUAAGAACUCAAAUGUCAAUACAAAAAUUGUGUUGUUGGGUCAGUCUUCCACUUUUUUUCUUAAAUGCAUAUCGUGUUCCCUCCAAAACAAAAAGGCUUUGAUGUUUUAUGAUUCUUAGACUAGCCUUCCCUUUCUUUUCCCCGAUGUGUGCCUUUGUAUAAUUUUCACAUGCUUUUUCUUUCAUAAAUUACUAUUGCUGCUUCCAUUACUGAGGCUUAAUCCCCAUUUCAUUUGCUGUGGAUGGAAAUGUGUAGCUGCAAUCUGUCUAGUAGAGGCAAUGUGGAUGAUUUGGGAAGAGAGGAGAAGAGAACUGGGAACACAAAUUUUACUGAUUUUUACUUGUUGGAGCCUGGGAUUGCUGUCCAUGAUGGGGCUCAGCCAGACCUGAGUUGGAGAUCAGAGUGAGAAAGAAAUGAAGACCAGAGCUUUUAUAGUACUGUACUAUUGGGCAAUACAUCCUAAGUCAUUAGACUUGUUCAGUGUUCAUUAGUUCUGGAAAACACUUUUGAUCCUUGAUAAAGUAGAAAUCAUCUAAUCAAA